AUUAAAUCUGGUUCCUUGUUUAGAAAUUUUCUCCCACAGAAAGUUUGACCGCUCGAAAUAUUGAAAUGACCUAGUAUUUGAUAUUGGUAACAAAAAAUAAUGGAUUAUCGAGGCAUGCAAAUGCCUCAUGGCUUCCCACCACCACAAAUGCAAGGAAGGAUGGGAGAAGGAAUGAUGAACCAACAGAGGGAUAUGAUGGGUGGAAAUAUGAUGAAUCAGCCUCCACCAGGAGCUAUGAUGAACCCACAGAUGAUGCCAGAACAUUUCAAUCCAAAUCAAAUGGAGGGUUUUUUCCCUGGAGCAGCACAAGGACUUACUGAAUAUCAUGACUUAACAAGUGUGUUGGUGGAUGGAGGGGACAGGUUUGGUGUCUCUGCCUUGACCUUUGAUAAACAAGAUCUAUUAUGGAUGGGCAAUUCAGGGGGUCAUGUAACAGGUUACUAUGGGUUAGAAAUGCAGAAGUAUACAUCAUUUCAAGUACACAUGACAGAAGACAUUCGACAGAUGAUACCAAUUCAGCGUGGAAUACUGUCUCUGACAAGAAGUACACUGAAUUGUUCACUACGGAGAGGUCUAAGUUUGUUCAAUUACAAGUCCCCCUGUAUGCAGGAGAUGCAAUGUAUGAUCAUGACCAGUCCUAAUACAGUCUUGAUGGGAGGACACCAGACUAAGGUCUUACAAUUGGAUAUUGAAGGCAUGCGAGAAAUACGACAGGUCGAUGUGCCUGAGCCUGGAUGUGCAAUAUUCAGAAGUUCUAACAAGUAUAUCUGUGCUGGAGACACUAGUGGAAAGGUACGUUUGUAUGAUCCUGCCACCUUAAGAGCAGAACAUGUCCUUGAUGCUCAUAAUGGAACUCUGUCAGACUUUGAUCUACAAGGAAAUUUAUUAGUUACUUGUGGUUUCUCAGCAAGACAGAACCAAAUGACAGUUGAUAGGUUUCUAAUGGUAUAUGACAUGAGAGUGAUGAGAGCCAUGGCACCAAUACAAAUCAUUAUGGAUCCCAUGUUCCUCAGAUUUGUACACAUAUAUAGUAAUAAACUUAUGAUCGUGUCACAGGCAGGGCAGUUUCAGAUAAUAGACACUAAUUCUUUGGCACCUACACCACUGUCGAUGCAACCUGUUAAUACCCAUGGCAGCUUCAUUACAAGCUUUGAUAUCUCAGAGACAUGUCAUGUUUUGGCAUUUGGUGAUUCAGGAGGAUAUCUUCAUGAGUUUGCCUCAGGGGAACAUCCAGUUUUUAAUACUUUUCCCCAGCCUACAGAAUUUGCUGAUCCUACAGAACAAUUACAGUUCAUGCACAUAAAUGAUGAGAUGACGCCUUACUCUGUGAUUCCUAUGUGUUACCCAGAAAAUGGGAAAAUGCUAUCUGAUUGGCCAGAUCACUUAGCACAAAAUGUGUACAGGAAACCUAUGCCUGUGGACAAUGAGAUACUUAGAAGCAUGAAAGUGCAACAUAAUGUUGGCUAUGCUAAAUUGCCACAGGGAAGUGGAAUAGGCGUCAAUCAAAUUCCAUACAACAUUGGGAAUGAUAAAAAGGGGUCCAAGAAAGGGAAAUCUGUUCCUGAAUCUCCAAUAGGUAGAGGUGAAGAUCCAUUUGUAGUUGUUCCCAAGAGAUACCAAAAAGUAGACCUGAAAUACUCCAAGUUAGGAUUAGAAGACUUUGACUUCAGACAUUACAAUAAAACACACUUUGCUGGUUUAGAAACUGGUAUCCCUAAUGCUUACUGUAAUUGUAUGUUGCAGGUUUUGUACUAUAUAGAGCCAUUGCGAGUUGCCUUGUUGAAUCAUUUAUGCAAGAAGGAAUUCUGUCUUUCUUGUGAAUUGGGAUUUUUGUUCCAUAUGUUAGAUUCACAGAAAGGCCAGACAUGCCAAGCAACAAAUUUUCUACGAGCUUUCCGUACCAUACCAGAAGCAUCAGCUUUAGGACUUGUUUUGUCAGAAAAUGAGGAAAAUGAAAGUCGCAUAAACUUGCUUCGACUGAUUCAGAGCUGGUGUCGGUUUAUAUUUCACCAAGUUCAUAGUGAAGCAGGUAAAAAAGUAUUGGUUGAAGAUUGUAAGAAAAUUGAAGAGGCAGCCGCAGAUGAAGCAGAGGACCUAAAGGCAGACAAAGAUGACAAGCCUUCCACUGCAGAGUCAACCCCACCAAAGUCUAAAAAGAAAAAGAAGAAAAAGGGAAAAAAGAAAGGAAAAGAUCAAGCAGAUGAUGAUAAGUCUGAUGGGAAGAGAGAAGAUGAUGAGGAAAAAGACAAAGAAUCAAUAUCUCCAGAUCAGUCUGUCAAUCUUGAGGAAGAAAGAUUUGAGGAGCUUUCUAUCAUUUCUGAAUUAUUUGGAAUGAGAACAAACACAACAUUAAAAUGUCGCUGUGGACAGGAGAUGGAAAAAGUUUCUGAUACAACACUUGUCAAUCUUCAUUAUCCUGACUGCUCACCACCAGGACAUAAUAAGCCCCCUGUAAGGUUCACAUUUGCAGAGGUUGUAAAACACAGUCUGUCAUUAGAACAAAAUACACAGGCAUGGUGUAAUUCUUGUGAAAAGUACCAACCACAUAUGCAGUCUAAAGUAAUCAGAAAUAUUCCUGACAUUCUGGCAUUAAACUGUGGUAUGGAGAACAUCAGAGAUUUGGAAUUCUGGAAAAUUCAACAAAUGUUGAUUAAACAGAAGAGAGAGGAAGAGGGAUCGUCUCAGUCAUACUCAAUGAUGUCAUCACAGAUGCCUGUUAUGUGCCGUUAUGGUAGGGCAUGUACAAGGAAAGGCUGCCGAUUUAGACAUGAGACUGACUUGAAGAGUGAACUAGCAGAUAUGCCAGCAGUUAACCCUGAUGAAGACCCAGACUUAGUUUGGAUACCAUUUGUGUUAAAGGUCAUCCUAGGGCCUGAUGGGAAAGUAGACAUAGAGGAGCUUCCUGAAGAUUCAUUCAGACCAAAGUAUGAAGAUCCUUGUGUUAAGUAUUAUGACCUAUAUGCUACAGUUGGUCACAUCAAGGACCAAAAGAAUGGAAAUACUGUGGUUAGUCAAAUCUUUGUUGGGGAGACAUUUCACCAACGGAAGGAAGGUGUUACCUGUACUCAGUGGUAUUUAAUGAAUGAUUUCUCUAUCACACCUAUUGAAAAGCAUGAGGCUACAAAUUUUAACAUGGACUGGAAAGUACCAUGUACCAUCUUUUUUGUUAAGAAAAAUAUUGUGAAGUGCUAUGAUACACAAGUGAAAAAUCCUAUAUCAGAAGAUGUCUUGUAUGAUGACAAUUGUCUAGUUAGUCCUGAAAGGAGGAAGAUAACUUUCACAACCCUCAUAGAUGAAGAACGCCCCAAGGAAAAGGAUGUUGUAGGUUUGGAUGCUGAAUUUGUCUCUUUGAAUCAGGAAGAAUCUGAGUUGAGAAGCGAUGGUACAAGGUCUACAAUUAAACCAAGUCACCUUACAGCAGCUAGAAUUACUUGUCUUAGAGGACAAGGUGACCAGGUUGGAGAACCAUUUAUAGAUGAUUACAUCUCUACACAAGAACAGGUUGUGGACUAUUUGACACAGUAUUCUGGUAUAAAGCCUGGUGAUCUUGAUCCUUCUGUAUCAUCACGGUACUUGACAACGCUUAAGUCCACAUACCUGAAGUUGAGAUAUCUGGUACAGUCUGGAGUAACAUUUAUUGGUCAUGGAUUGAAAAAAGAUUUCAGAGUAAUCAAUCUUUAUGUACCAAAGAAUCAGGUAGUUGACACAGUGGAGUUAUUCCAUUUACCACGACAAAGAAUGAUCUCCCUUAAAUUCUUAGCAUGGUAUUUCUUAAAAAUAAAUAUUCAGUCAGCAACCCAUGACUCAGUUGAAGAUGCCAGGACAGCAAUUCAGCUACACAAGAAGUACAAGGAGUUUGCAGCAGAAGGGUCAGACAAUGUUAGAGCUAAGAUUAAGGAAAUGUAUGAAUAUGGCAGGAAAAUUCAGUGGAAGAUUCCUGAUGUUGAGGAGGAGGAUGCAGAUAAUCAAGUGGCAAUGUUGUAACUUUUUUAUUUUGUUUGAUAUGAAGGAAAUAGUUGUAUAAUCAAUAUUUAUAGUAAAAAAAAUGUAAAGUGAAA